AUGGAACCGUUUCGUCGUGCCCUUUCCGGUGACACGGAUACGCCACAGCACGACCAGGAGCCGCAGCGUAAGAAGAUGCGCAAAGGGACAAAGAGCUGCUAUGAAUGCCGGCGUCGAAAGAUUCGCUGCACUUAUGCGCCAACUCGGCCGGGGAUAUGCAACGAAUGCCAUGCGCGAGGCUCCUCUUGCAUCGAUCAAGAACAUGCACCGAUGAGGGCAGAAGCUGCUAAGCUUCGAGUUGGCGAUCAGAGCUACAGUCUAAGGGAGCGGGUAGCUGCUUUAGAGCACACUGUGAGCAAGUUGGUGAAGCGAAUGGACGAAAGCGACAAGGGUAUACUGAAGGAGGGCUCAAACUGGUCAUACAUAGAGUCGCCGACGGAAAAUGAGAAGCAUAUUGAUUCCGAGAUUUCGAGAUCUGUCGACCCGAUAGCUAUAAAAGAAAGGCGCGCGGCCCUCGCACUGCGGGAACUUCUCCCUUCCCCUGCUCAGUUAGACAGAUUGCUGAAUUCAACGGCAAUACUAUGGACUAUAUGGCGUGCCAGAUUUCCGGAGCUAUUCAAGCCGGAGGCACUCGAAAACCCGGCUGAUAUUGGAAAGCUUCUGUACAGCAUCAUCAUGACUAUUGAGCAACGUGCCGUAGAAUUUGAUUUCCAGAGCCUCAAGGUCCCGAUGACUAAGGAUAAGUAUGUUGAGCAAUGUGUUGCUGCUGUCCAGAAGUACGUUAUCGAUGAUGACGACAUUGCUUCAUCUCUAUCUGGCAUAGAAUGUAUCUAUAUGGCAGGCAAAUAUCAAAGCAACAUCGGCCGCCCACGAAAAACAUGGCUGCUGACACGUCGGGGUAUAAAUUAUGCUCAGUUAUCUGGUCUACAUCUCUCGAACAACCGCCCUGCCCCAGAUGAUGAAUUGGGUGUUCGCAAAUUGCAUAUUUGGUGCGGACUUGCGUGCUCAGACCUCUAUCAGAGCUCAAUACUUGGAUUGCCUUAUUCAGUCCCGACUCACCUCCUAAUACCCCAUAUCACACACUUGCUGAAGGUCAAGAAGAUGGAUCCCGGUGAAGCGUACAUGCUACGUGUCUGCAUUCCAUUGGGGUCUAUCAUUGAUAGAAACCAGGAUGGAGGCAAUAUGUCAUUACCACUUACACUGAAAAUCGAUCAAGAGCUAGAGGCAAUGGGUAAACAGAUGGGAGAUGAUUGGUGGGAUUCAGCUCAGAUAAGCCAGCUAAGCCCUACAGAAAAGAGCAGUCGCCUCUGGUCACAAUUCGCCCACCAUUUCGUGCGGAUGCUACUGCAUUUACCCUUCAUGCUGAAGUCAAAUACCGACAAGAGAUGCCAAUACUGCCAUAAUGCUGCUCUUGAAUCGGCAAGGCAAUCUAUCGAGUGUUAUAAAGGCAUUUACGACAUGCGCAAUGCAGACCGCAUAUUCUGCAAGGUGAUCGAUUUCCAGGUCUUUACAUCUACAAUCCUCCUUAUUGUCCACCUACUUGGCUCUCCCUUUGCGGACGAUCCGCAAACUCGCGCUGAUUGGAGGUCGGCCAUGUCCAUUGCACGAAUGCUUCGUCACGACCCCGAUCUACCCGAAGACUCCGUUAGCUACCAGUCUGCGAGUGUUAUUGAAAAACUUUGUGCUUGUCGAGAUGCUGACGGAAGACUGAUGUCUGGAUUCAAAACAAAAAAUUGCAACCAGGCCCGAAGGAUUAUUCUUCCAUAUUUUGGAUCUGUCAAUAUAGUCCCCGGUAAAAUGCUUAAAGAGCAGCAGCUGCAACAGCAGCAACAGCAACAGCAACAGCAACAGCAACAACAACAAAAUUUGCAAAACCAAUAUCAGUUUCAGCAGCAACAGCAACAAAUGAGUCCGCCAAACUCCAUACCGGAGAAGCAGACUUCCACAAACUCAAGCGGAUAUACUACACCGCAAGACACCCCUUCUUUGCCGUCUCUAUACAACAACCAGCUCCAAACUCCUACCGGCUCAUCAUCACAUUUACAUAAUGGUGCUCCUUUGCCCGAGCCUAAUCUUGACGUCAACCUAAACCUCAAUCUAAUGGACGACGCUGGAGGAUUUGGUAACCCGAACCUCAACUUAGACCUCUUUCUUGGACAAGGUUGGAAUUUCGACUGGAUGGAUGGACAGAACUUUCAGCCUGUCUGA